AUGAUUCAGAUAUCGGUUGAGGACCUAGUUCGAUAUCACAAGGUGAAUUUAGGACCUACGGACCAUAUCCGUAUUACAUUAGCCGAUUGUGAACCGUCGACAUCCGAUCUGUACCAGGCAGCACAAUUUGAUCUUACUGACAUUGUGAUAGAUGCUCAUACACUUGAAGCCAAACUAGAAGAAAUGGAAGUCGAUCAUACUUCUGAGUAUGAACGUACACAACGAGAACAUCGAAUGAGAUUUAGAGAAGAAGUACAACUGUUGGGCUUGCAGGUCAAACCACAAUCAGAAAGUACACCAACACCGGCACCCAUGAACUAUUAA